UUGUUUUCGCCCAUAGGUUGACUACGAUGCUUCUUGUUUUUUAUUCUUUGUAAUAACCUGCUUUAUUUACAAAACAAGUAUUUGUUUUUUCAUGCGCGCGCGGGUGAAACAUAAAUGCUGCUUGAAGCUUGUUCUUCGAAUCAUGAGAAAUUAGGGCCUGCAGAAAGAUACUCAUUUUUGCUCCUUUUGCUUGUGGAUGGAUUGAGUGGAAGAAUAAAUAAAUAUGAUGUUUUAUGUUGUUUAGCUCCAAAAGAAUGCAGCAUCUUUAGUUGGAGAAUUUGAAUGCCGUGUGAUGUCUACCUAAAAGGGUCUCAAUUUUCGAAAGCUAUGGAACUCGUAAUCAUACAAAAGCACAUGUUUUUGCUUUGGUCAUUUUGUUAUUAUAUUUACUUAUUUAUCUCCAAGAUAUUUAAUAUGAAUGUGCUAAAAGCUUAAGAUAUACUUAACUAUCAGAAAACAUUCACACAAUGGCCUUUAAUGAAUGAGUGAAUCAUUUGAUAUCUUGGGUAAAGUUUAGUCAAGGUAAGCAAGUUUUGUGUUGGUAUGAUUUUUAAUCACGUCGUUGCAACAUGUAAAUGUAAUUGUCAGCUGUUUUAUGAGUUGCAGCAGUUUAAGCUCAUUGUCAAUGGCUGAUCUUAAAGAACGAUUGCUCCCUCCGAAACCUCAUUCAGCCAUAAACCUAAGAGAUACAGCUUAUCGAUCUUCAGCCUCUGGGCGGCAACCUUUCCAGGGUAUGGAUGUUUUGGGGCUGAAGAAACGGGGCCAAGGCCUUCGAUCUUGGAUUCGUGUUGAUACAUCUGGUAAUUCCCAAGUCAUUGAGGUUGACAAAUUCACUAUGAUGCGGCGUUGUGAUCUUCCUGCCCGUGAUCUACGUUUAUUGGAUCCUCUAUUUGUUUACCCCUCGACAAUCCUAGGUAGAGAGAAGGCUAUUGUUGUGAACUUGGAGCAGAUUCGAUGUAUUAUCACGGCCGAUGAGGUUCUAUUAUUAAAUUCCCUAGACAGUUCUGUAUUGCAUUAUGUGGUGGAGCUACAACGGCGAUUGACAACAAAUGUUGUGGGUGAGGUAUGGCAGUCAGAUGCCACAGGCUUGAACCGGAGGAGGGGAAGUAGAAAUUUGGAUGAUGUGUUUGGAAGCCCAUCACCAGACUAUUUACCUUUUGAGUUUAGGGCUCUUGAAGUUGCUCUGGAGGCUGCUUGUACAUUUCUUGAUUCUCAGGCAGCAGAAUUAGAAAUUGAAGCAUAUCCGUUACUAGAUGAACUUACAUCAAAGAUCAGUACGCUCAAUUUGGAACGUGCUCGUCGAUUGAAAAGCAGGCUUGUUGCAUUGACACGGAGAGUGCAGAAGGUUAGGGAUGAAAUAGAGCAGCUCAUGGAUGAUGAUGGAGAUAUGGCUGAAAUGUAUCUCACUGAGAAGAAAAGGAGGAUGGAAACAUCACUUUAUGGUGAUCAGUCUUUGUUGGGAUACAGAUCAACUGAUGGUGCAUCUGUUUCUGCUCCUGUUUCUCCUGUUUCUUCACCCCCUGAAGCCCGGAGGCUUGAGAAAAGCUUGAGCAUUGCAAGGAGUCGGCAUGAGAGCAUGAGGAGUUCUGAAAGUGCCACAGAAAGCAUAGAAGAGCUUGAAAUGUUGUUGGAAGCAUAUUUUGUUGUCAUUGAUAGCACCCUCAACAAGUUGACAUCGUUGAAGGAGUAUAUUGACGACACGGAAGAUUUCAUCAACAUUCAGCUGGAUAAUGUUCGGAACCAGCUGAUCCAAUUCGAGCUGCUACUCACAACUGCUACAUUUGUUGUUGCGAUCUUUGGGGUGGUGGCAGGGAUCUUUGGCAUGAAUUUUUCAAUACCCUUAUUCGAUGACACUGGUGCAUUUAAGUGGGUUCUUAUAAUCACAGGCGUUACUGGGGUUGUCAUAUUCAGCUCAUUUGUUUGGUUCUUCAAGCACAGAAGACUGAUGCCGCUAUAACUCUGCAAAGAAACUGCAAUCAGGAAAGUACAGAGGAAACAAUCAUUAUCAUUGUUUUACCUUCUAGAUGAAUUUAUGGUGGAUAACGACUGCCUCUAUUUUAGAGCGAUUCUUUUGAUUAAGUUUAGGUUUAAUUGUAAGAAAUUUUGGUAAAAUACCUAGUGAUCGUGAAAAUCUGUGGCUAAAACUAGGCUUCGUAUCGAAUGUAUAUUAGCAAGGGUGGUGAUACUACCUACGAAUAUUUAUUAGUCGGAAAAGUAAACCGUAUAUGAAGUAAAUGAGAGGCGUAUCGUAUGUUGAUGAUGGUACGCUUGGAUUUAUUGCA